AUGUCGAGUGUGGAGUUUGAAAAGAUCUACUUGAACUCGUCGAGGACUUCAGGGAAAUUCCGUCUAGCUGAUUUCGGUUUGGGAUGGAAGGCUGGGCCAACUCCCAACGCACCAAAUGUCAAGAACACCCCGUUCUUGUUGCCAUCGGAGGAGAUCCUGACAGCCAAUUGGAGCAGAGGUUCGCGGGGCUGGGAAUUGAGGGUUUACACAAAAAACAGAGGCGUGGCUAUGUUAGAUGGAUUUGAUCAGCAAGAUUUCAACAGUUUGAAGAGCGAACUCCAGAGGACUUUCAGCAUCCAGUUAGAGGUGAAAGAGCACUCUCUGCGUGGCUGGAAUUGGGGAAAGACCCAGCUCGCCAGAAACGAAUUGUUGUUCAACGUGAACAACCGUCCAGCGUUUGAGAUUCCGUACUCGGAGAUUGGAAACUCCAAUUUGACGGGUAAGAACGAGGUGGCCGUUGAGUUGAAUUUGGCGACCAAGGAUGAUGAAAUCACCAAAGCAGGAGACGAACUAGUGGAGGUGCGUUUCUACGUUCCGGGCAACGUUGAGCUUGAAGAUGAAGAUGUGAUGGAAGAUUCUGAAGUAAAGAGCGCAGCAAGUGCCUUUUACGAUCAGUUGAAGGAUAAGGCUGAUAUCGGUCAGGUCUCGGGAGAAGCAGUUGUUUCUUUCAGUGACACCUUGUUCUUGACCCCAAGAGGUCGUUAUGACAUCGAUAUGUAUCCUACCUCGUUGAGAUUGCGUGGUAAGACGUACGAUUACAAAAUACAGUACAAACAGAUACAGAGAAUAUUCUCGUUGCCCAAGGCAGAUGAAGUGCACAAUCUCAUCAUCUUACAGUGCGAUCCGCCAUUGAGACAAGGUCAGACCAGAUAUCCAUAUUUGACUAUUCAGUUUGCCAAGGACGAAGAAACCGAAGUGGAAUUGAAUUUGAGCGAGGAGGAGUUCACCACUAAAUACGCCGACAAGCUGAAAAAGAAGUACGAUGCUCAGACUAACAUAGUCAUGGCCAGUUGUUUCAGAGGACUCACUGAUCGCCGUGUCAUUUCUGCUGGAUCCUUCGUGUCCAAGUUCCAACAGGCUGCCAUCUCAUGUUCUCUGAAGGCAAGCGAGGGACAUCUGUAUCCGCUUGAGAAGAGUUUUCUGUUCGUCACAAAGCCUACAGUUUUCAUCCCCUUUUCUGAAGUGCAAACCAUCGUGAUGUCGCGUGUGGGCACCUCUGCCACCUCGUCUCGUACUUUCGACAUGGAAGUUGUGCUAAGAGGAUCUGGGGGAACGCAUAACUUCGGCAACAUCUCGCGUGAAGAGCAGCCAGGUAUCGAAGAGUACUGCAAGUCAAAGGGCUUGAAGGUGAGAAACGACGAGAAGGAGGCAUUGGAGCUUAUGGAUGCUGCUCUUGAUGAGGACGAUUCAGACGACGAAGAUGUGGUCAUGCGUGGGUCUGCUGACGAAGACGGAGAGAGCGUGGACGAGGAUUUUUCCGGUGACUCUGAUUCUGACCCAGCCGAGGAGUUUGACUCUGAUGCCAGUCUGAGUGGAUCUGAAGAUGAUGAGACUCCAGACAAAAAGAAGCAGAAGACUUGA